CUUUGACUAUGUUUGUUUAUCUAUAGACCCUUGGGUGCAGUCAGGUUAAACACUAAGCGCUAAUGAAAUGUAAACAUCAAUUGAUUUGAUUGUUAACUCAUAUUGUGUGGUCAUAUAAUAUAUCAGAAAAUAUCCCCUGGCUGUUCCUCCUCAACAAGUUGAUUGACCUAACACCCCGGACAGGGCAGUUAGACAUCCUUCUGCGUCAGUUGCACCUGUUCCGUCAUGUUUUCCGGUGACGAGCUGCGCGUCUAUUUAAUUAGCCUAAAGUGUAUCGGUUUACUCUAUGUAACGCACGAUGUUAACCAACCGUAUCGGAUUAACGCCAGCGAUUUGGAUCAGACUUUAACAGUAGUCGGCUUAACGCUUCUCCAGCUUUUCAUAUGGCUUGCCUUCGCGCAGCUUUUGCUAAUGCCUCAAACCUUUAUGCUGCCCCAAUACACAGCCGUUGGCAAUACGUAUUUCGUAAUUAACUUUGGUGUUAUUUGCAUAGUUAUAUCGCUGAUAUAUCUAGGAUUCUAUGCGAGACGCCAGCGCCUAUUGGCCGUCUUUGCCUUCAUUCUCUAUCACAAUUACAAGGAGCUCAAGAAUUGCUAUGCCAAACGUUUCCUUAAAUUCUACUGCAUGUAUGUGGGUCUAACGGUUAUUUGUGCGAUUACCUAUGCGGGAGCUUUCCGAUUCGCUAACUUACACAUCGUGCCGUGCAUUCUGCUAAGUUUCAUCUAUACCUACAGCUUUAUGCUGAUAGGGCUUAUCAUAAUUCUAUAUGGCUGCCUUACACAAAUCUUGGCUGCCCUUUUGCACCUAUAUAAUCGCGAAAUGCUGGCAGCAAUAACCACACCAAGAGUAAACACAACAACAACAACAACAACAGCUACUACUACUACUACUACUACAAUCAAUCGCCUAUAUAAACGUAAUCAGAUGCUCAUCGUUUGCCACGAGCAGCUGAACUCUGUGUUUGGUCCAUUUAUAGCGCUAAUUACGGCUUUGUGUUCAAUGUCGGCGCCAGUUGCUCCGUUUUUUAUGAUCACAAUUGUCUUUAAGAUGGAUAUCAAACAAAUUGGCCUGACCAACAUUUUUAUGGCAUUGUACACAUGCAUGAUGUGGAAUAUACCCUGGGCCGCCGGGCUGAUAUUGAUCUUUCGACAAGAUAUCGUGCGGCAGGAGGUAAGAAACGCGUGA